AUGGCUUUGUUUGAAGAGGUUGAAUCAUUUGAUAAAGAAAAAUGGACGUUGGUAUUUGACGGUGCUUAUAAUGGAUUAGGGCAUGGAAUUGGAGUCAUUUUGAUUUCCCCAGAAAAUCAGUUCAUUCCAUUUACGGCUAGAUUGUGUUUCGAUUGUACAAACAAUAUUGCAUACUAUGAGGCAUGUGUCAUGGGCAUUAAAGAAGCCAUUGAAUCAAAGGUAAAAGUUCUUGAGAUAUAUGGAGAUUCAUUAUUGGUCAUCAAUCAGACAAAAGGACAGUGGGAAACACAGGAUGCCAAAUUGAUUCUGUAUCAUACGCAUAUCAAAGAAUUGACAAAAUGUUUCGAGAAAAUCACUUUUCACCAUAUUCCUCGAGAGGGAAACCAAUUGGCUGACACCUUGGUCACAUUGUCAUCAAUGUUCAAAACAAGCAUCGGUCAGGAUGUGUCGGUCAUAAAAAUUCAACAAAAGAAUAAGCAAGCAUAUUGCUUAUCAAUAGAAGAAGAGCCAGAUGGCAUGCCAUGGUUAUAUGAUAUCAAAUCAUAUGUCAAGAAUAAGGAAUAUCCAUUGGGUAUUUCAGAGAACGGAAAAAGGGUUUUGAGGAGGUUGUCAACGAACUUUUUCUUAAAUGGUGAUAGAAAAUCAUUCAAGAGGUUCUCCUCACCAUGGCCAUUUUCAUUGUGGGGAAUGGUUGUUAUUGGACUCAUCGAGCCUAAGGCUUCAAAUGGGCACUGA